GAGAGAGAGAGAGGGAGGGAGGGAAUAACGAAUCAAUGAAUAUAGUGGUGGAGGGGUAUAUUAAUGCGGAGACAGGGAGGACAGACGCGAGUGCGUAGUCGCGCAGCUGUCAUUCGACAUCCAAACCACCCCUUCUCAGAGACAGCAAAUAAGCGUUAGCAGCUGUCGGACCCCCUUUUCCUUGCUCACAAUCUCCACCACCCCUUUCCCUUUCUUCUUCUUCUUUCUUUUUUCAGCCUUCUCUCCUCUUAAUUGUAUUUCACAGUUCAAAUCCCCCUUUUGUUUCAAGGUUGGAACCUUGCAGCAUCAACAGCACAAACAACCUCUCUACCAGCACCGGCAGCAUCAAGACCACCACAGGAAGUCAGGAACAACACUUUUACAACCAGCUAGAAUAGAAGAACCCUGUCUCUAUUGGUCUCUCAAUGUUGCCUUCUUUGAUGUAGAGAGGAAUGGAGGGAGAGACAAACAAAGAAGAAGAGGAGAAGAAGAAAAAGAGGUGGAAGAAAAGAAGCAACUCAUCAAUAAUCUUUGUCAACUYCGAGAGGGGUAUAUAUUGAGAGAGAGAGAGAGGGGAGGGGAAACAGAAAAGAGAAUUCAUGCAUGAAGAGAAAGACCCAUUGGUUGUUUUGAUGAUUCAUUAGAGGUCAUGGCUUAUCAGCACUAUCGAUCGCAAUUCGGAGAUACCACUUUCACCAAGGUGUUCGUUGGAGGGUUAGCCUGGGAGACGCCAACCGAAGAGAUGCGUAGAUACUUCCAACAGUUUGGAGAGAUACUUGAAGCCGUUAUCAUCACCGACAAGAAUACCGGCAGGUCUAAAGGAUACGGCUUUGUGACGUUUCGUGAUCCAGAGUCGGCAAGGAGGGCUUGUCUUGAACCGAACCCUGUGAUCGAUGGGAGAAGGGCCAAUUGUAACAUUGCUUCUUUAGGUCGCCCUCGAAUUUCCCCACCGAGAGGGAGAAAUCAAGGAGGAAGCCCCUAUCAUGGAGUUGGAGGAGGACAUUUGGGUGCACCACCUUACAACAGAGCUGCAGGACCACUAGUUCCUCCACUUCCUCCGCCGCCACCACCACCGCCUCCUCCUCCUCCUCCUCCGGUCAURUAUCCGACUUACGGGUACGCUACCUACACGUCGGAUUACGGAUACCACCACCAAAGCAUGUACAACCCACAUUYACAAACGCAGUAUUACCAUCAAGUUUACGGGACGUCGCCGUCGACAAUUGGUUCUUCCUUCUAUUACGGCUACGCACUGCAACCUUCUGCUUCCAGGGGCCCAACCUUUGCCGGUCCCUCCCAGUCCCAGUCGCAUCGUAUCCAGGGACCCCCUUAUCUCCAUUAUCCUACGCAGGGAGAUAGGUCCUUUGCCGGCAACUUUCCACCGCCUCCACCACCACCACAGCUACAGCUACCGCCGAGGCCAACCCUACCCGUAUCAUCAUCAUCAACCUCCGAGACACAGACUACCCAACAAGCUUCACAAACCUCUUCAGCGACUGGAGUUGAGGCCUCUAGCUUGGAGAGUCCAAACACCUAAGUGAACUCAAGGGAAUAUAAGCAUGAUUUAGCGAAUGGGUUCAAUUUGUAUAAUCUUGASGAGCUUCUGAUUUUCAUCUCCACCACAUUCGUUUUUUUUUCUUCUGUCCUAUGUGGAAAGAAGCUGCAGCUUUGGAUGCGAGAGAGCAUUGUUUAAGUGCUGUAGCAGCCAAAAGUGGACAGUAACCUGAACUGCCUUGAUUAUUUUUCCUCCCACAUUUGGGUUUUUUUUUUUUUUAAUUCUUCUUCAAUGAUCAAUCAUCUUUCAUAAAUGUACGCACAGAAAGAGGAAUGGUGCAUCCCUCAAUAAGGACAAUUUCAUACCACCCCGCCCAUAUUCAACUUCUUAUUUCCAUUUCGGUAGAA